AUGGCAGCUCAAUAUCCACCGGCAGAGGAGUUGAUGGAGUCAGUCUUGGCCCCACAAUUCACAAGGCCAAACUCGAGCAUUGUCAAGCCACCAAUUAAUGCCAAUAACUAUGACAUGCAGCCAUCACUAAUCACGUUGGUGGAGAAAACUCAGUUUGGUGGGGAAGACUAUGAAGAUCCUCACGACUUCAUAGACAGAUUUUUAAGGAUCUGUGAUACAACUAAGCACAACAGAGUGACAGAUGAUGCAAUCAGACUCCGACUGUUCUCGUUUGCUUUGACCAGGAGAGCUCUCAAAUGGUUAGAUCGACAGGCUCCUAAUAGUAUCCGCACAUGGGACGAGUUAGCGGCCAAAUUCUUUGCUGAGCACUUUUCCAUGGAAAAGUACAAUAAGUUGGUGAAUGAAAUCACCAAUUUUACUCAACAACUAGAAGAGACCUUAUGUGCAGCCUGGACCCGAUUCCAGGAGUUGAUCAGAAAAUGCCCACAAUAUGACUUGCCGGAGGGAAAGAAAGUCAGAGUCUUCUAUAAUGGGAUGACACCAGAAUGCAGAAUGGUUGUCAAUGGUGCAGCCAGUGGAACCAUAGGGAAGAAGACAGCAGCUCAAACCUUAGAGCUGAUUGAUUUUAUGGCAAGGAAGGAAAAUGCAUCUAUGACUGCCCAACCUGUUCAGCCCAAGAAAGGAAUCUUACAAUUGGGGAGCAAUGAUGCAUCACUAGCUGAGCAAAAGGCGAUCUCUCAACAGCUAGCCAGUUUGAACACCAAGCUAGAUAAAAUGCAGAUCUCAACAACUAAAGUUAAUGUAUUCAACUGUGAGUACUGCAAAGAGCCGCAUGAUACUAAUGAGUGCCCGACACUCAAUGGAGCUAAACCAUUCCAAGUCAAUGGAGUGUGGUAUGAUCCAAGGCCACCACAGAAUACCCAAAGUUACCAGAGGAAUCAGAAUGGCAGCCAAGUGAGCAACUUUCAGAGGAGAAAUCAAGGGGGAGGCUUGGAUUAUAAAUCCAACAAUUACCUGCAACCUCCUUCUCUUCCACAUAAAGAGCCAUCAGAGUUGGAGAAGGCAAUGCUGCAGCUUGCCAAGACUACAAAUGAUCACAUGCAGAAUACUGAUGCCUUCAUGAAUGAGACAAGAGCUUAUCACAAGAACCAAGAUGCUUCCAUCCAGAAUUUGGAGACUCAGAUAGGUCAGUUAUCUAGACAGUUAGCUGAAAGAGUUCAAGGGCAGUUUCCUGGAGAUACUAUUGUGAAUCUUAAGGCAGACUGCAAAUCCAUUUUAACUAGAAGUGGAAUUGUUAUUACUCCUCAAGACAAGCCAAAAGUGGUUUAG